AUGACCAUAGGCCACACCUCCUUCUUUCACAUCUACACGGGUAACGUGUAUGUGUGCGCCGUUACACGCCAGAAUGUCAAUGCCGCGCUGGUUUUCGAGCUGCUGAGAUGUCUGGUGGAGGUGUUUAAGGACUACUUCGGCGACUUCGACGAGAACUCAAUAAAGAACAACUUCAGUCUGAUGUAUGAGCUAUUGGAUGAGGUGUUGGAUUUCGGAUAUCCACAACGCACCGAGAGUGAGGUUCUUAAGACAUACAUCACACAACAGGGCGUGAAGAGCGCGUCCCAGAGUCUUGUAGAACCACAGAGGAUCACUAUGCAAGCCACCGGCGCGAUGUCUUGGAGGAAAGAAGGCAUCCGAUACAAACUAAACGAACUCUUCAUCGAUGUCAUUGAGACUGUCAAUAUGCUCUUGUCGCACCAGGGCGUAGAGCUGAGUGCGGAUGUGCAGGGAUCGGUCAUGAUUAACUGUCAUCUGUCAGGCAUGCCUGAGUGUAAGUUUGGUGUCAACGACAAACUCUCAUUACAGUCACGGCGCAGAGGCAACUCUGGUUCGAGUAAGGGUGUGGAUAUUGAUGACAUAUCCUUCCACCAAUGUGUGCGUUUGGGGGGUACAGAUAAGGGCAUCACAUUUGUGCCGCCAGACGGCGAGUUUGAAUUGAUGAAGUACCGUCUUACAUCCAAGAUCAGCCCUCCUUUUAAGCUUAUUCCGAUCGUGCGCGAUUUGGGGCGAACCAGGAUAGAGGCCAAGGUUGUAGUCAAGUCACUCUACAAGACCAUGCUGGUUGGUAACAACAUCGAAGUGCGUCUCCCAUGCCCCUCCAACACAGCCCGCGUGAAGCUGUCGUGCAGCAAGGGAAAAGCCCGAUUUAAAGCCGCCGAGCAGGCGGUUAUUUGGCGCAUAAAGAAACUGGAGGGCCAGAAAGAGGUCACACUGAGUGCGGAGAUAGAGAUUGUACCCACGACCGACCGAGAGCAACGGGUGACUAACAAAGCGCCCAUCUCAAUGAAGUUUGAG